AUGGCAGGUCUAUCUUUAUAUUUUGAAGAUGGCCAUGACGAUUUGGAUGACUUUGGAUUUGAUGAUUACGGUUCAGAGUGCGACAGUAUUCGUAUCACAGCAUUCCUCGAUGCGGGACAAGACAACCUCACUCCACUUGGGAGGCUUGAGAAAUAUGCCUUCAGUGAGAAUGUUUUUAACAGGCAAAUUGUUGCUCGCGGCCUCCUUGAUGUGCUGCGUGAGUUCAGCGACAACGAGAAUGACUUCAUCAGCGUGAUGGAGACAGUAGCUCGAAUGUCGGAGGAUGGAGAGCCAACAGUUCGUGCUGAACUCAUGGAGCAGGUCCCAAACAUAGCGAUGUUCCUCCACGAGAGUCGACCCAACUUCCCAGCUGCCUUUUCCAGAUACUUGGUGCCCAUCGUGGUGCGCUAUCUCACAGACCCCAACAACCAAGUGCGUAAAACAAGCCAGGCGGCACUGCUGGUUCUUCUGGAGCAGGGUCUGAUCUCCAAAGCAGAUAUGGAGUCCAAAGUGUGUCCUGUUCUACUCGACCUCACAGAGCCGCGCUGCGAUGAUGACUACAAAAUUGAGGCAGUGGCUAUUAUGUGUAAAGUAGUGACCAUGCUGAGCAAAGACACAGUGGAGCACCUCCUCCUUCCGCGCUUCUGUGACCUUUGCUGUGACGCCAGGCUCUUCCAAGUUCGAAAGGUUUGUGCUGCUAAUUUCGGCGAGUUCUGCUCAAUUGUUGGCCAAGAGGCAACAGAGAAGUUACUGAUGCCCAAGUUUUUUGACCUGUGUUCGGACAGUCUGUGGGGCAUCAGAAAAGCGUGUGCCGAGUGUUUUAUGAUGGUGUCAAACUCCACCUCACCAGAAGUGCGACGCUCAAAGUUGUCCCCGCUUUUUAUCAAUCUCAUCAGUGACCAGUCCCGUUGGGUCCGACAAGCUGCCUUUCAGUCACUAGGCCGCUUUAUCUCCACCUUUGCAAACCCAUCCAGCACAGGCCUUCACUUCAGAGAAGACGGAGCUCUUCUUGAAGUCCCCAGGUGCACAGUAGACGAUUGUUCCCCGAAUUCCCUGAACUGCCCGGACCUGGGCAUGCACCACAGCGAGAGGACCAUUGCCCACACGCCCCCGAACCAAGAUGGCCGCGCCACGCCAUCUCCAGAGCGCUCGCUAACAGCGGACCGCGAGGACAUGCACACCUAUGACUACAACCACCACCACGCCCACCAACACCACCGCACACAGGAAAGCUUUAGCCACAAUCACCUCAACAACACCAGCACCACAGACAAUGAGCAGACAGACGAGAACUUUAACUCAUUCCACUACUGGAGGCCGCCGCUACCGGACAUCAGCGACGAACUGGAGAUGCUAACGACGACCACGGCAGGGGAGGGGAGCGAGGCGGAGACACGGGACGAGCCGCCAAAGCAGCAGAAGCGAGCAGUGGCAGAAAGCUUCAAGUACGACCUCAAGUCCAACUCCACCACGGACCAGAUACAGAAGGUCUUGGAUUGUUUGCAGCCGCACAUAGACGACCCAGAUGUGCAAGCCCAAGUUCAGGUGUUAUCUGCCGCCCUCAAAGCAGCGCAGCUCGACAGCCCCACCACGGAGAGCUCGUCCCAGGACAGCGACUCGGACAGCCCCUCCGAUGAGUGCAAGUCCAUGGAGCUGGAGGAGAGCGAGAGCGACAGUCCCACGGAGGAGAAGACCCUGGAGUCCCCCGUCACCAGCCCCGAAGCCGCUCCCGAGUCGAGUCCAGAGCCCGCUGCUGACCCCUGUCCUGAGCCUUCUGAACCCUGUCCCGAGUCCACCCCCGAAACCUGUCCCGAGGCCACUCCCGAUACCUGUCCCGAGUCCACUUCUGAGUCUACUCCCAAGGCCUGUCCCGUCCAGGAGCAGGGAGGUGAUGAUGGGGACGGGAAACAACUGGAUAACCAGGAAGAGUCACCGCCGAAUUCACCACUUCUGGAAUCCGAGCUCAUCGAGAGCAUCGAGGACGAGGGCAUCGAGGAUUCGGCUCACAGCCCCACGUUCGAGGAAAAACCGAAAAUCCAGAAUGUGAUUCCGCAGCAGCUCUUGGAUCAGUACCUCUCUAUGACAGACCCGGUGCGUGCUCAGACGGUGGACACGGAGAUCGCCAAGCACUGUGCCUUCAGCCUGCCCGGGGUGGCCCUCACGCUGGGGAGGCAGAACUGGCACUGCCUCAAAGACACCUACGAAACAUUGGCCACAGAUGUACAGUGGAAAGUGCGGCGGACUCUGGCCUUCUCCAUACACGAGUUGGCCGUGAUCCUCGGAGAUCAGCUCACAGCAGCAGACCUGGUCCCGAUCUUCAAUGGUUUCCUCAAAGACCUGGAUGAGGUUCGAAUCGGCGUGCUCAAACAUCUCUACGACUUCCUCAAGCUUCUCCAAGCCGAUAAGAGACGAGAGUACCUGCACCAGCUGCAGGAGUUCAUGGUCACAGAUAACAGCCGCAACUGGAGGUUCCGAUACGAGCUGGCAGAGCAGCUGAUCUUGAUCAUCGAAUUGUACAGCCACUACGACGUGUACGACUACCUCAGACAGAUCGCGCUCACACUGUGCUCAGACAAAGUGUCGGAGGUGCGGUGGAUCUCCUAUAAACUGGUGGUGGAGAUCCUUCAGAAGCUGUACGCAAGCGGAGCCGAUGAUUUGGGCGUGAACUUCAUCAACGAGCUCACCGUUAGGUUUUGUCACUGUCCCAAAUGGGUGGGACGACAAGCCUUUGCCUUCAUAUGCCAGGCCAUAGUGGAGGAGGAGUGCAUGCCCAUGGAUCAGUUCAGCCAGCACCUCCUCCCGAGCCUGCUCAGCCUGUCGUCGGACCCGGUGGCCAACGUGCGCGUGCUGGUCGCCAAAGCACUGCGUCAGAGCGUCAUGGAGAAAGCGUACUUCAAGGAGCCGGGCUGUGCCUACUCUGACGAACUGGAGGACACGGUGAUGGCGCUGCAGUCGGACAAGGACCGAGACGUGCGCUUCUUUGCCAGCCUGGACCCAAACAAAAACCUGGCAGACACCGCGCCCCUCAUCUGA